UAUAUUUUCAUGUACUGCAGAUUAUAUAUUACGGAUGGGAACUAUCAAAGUUUAUAAUGUCAAAAACUUUUGUUAGACCAAGGCUAUCUUCAUCAAAGGUAGCUGACUGGGUAGAUCCAUCAUUUGAUGAAUUUUCAGGAACUCCAAACAUCUCUACUGCUCUUACUGCCUCAUCAUUAAGUGUCAGUAACUCAAGUCUUAGAAGAAAAAUUGUGUCUUCCACUUUAGAAAAUAGCAGAUUUCCAGUUAAAAGAGGAAAGCUGCCCUCCUUAGAACAAAUAAGCAGUCUGGAAAAUUCAAAAGAAUAUUUGCCUGAAAAUGAAUCCUGGGUGGAUAAAUAUAAGCCACAAACUCAGCAUGAACUUGCUGUACAUAAAAAGAAAAUUGAAGAAGUUGAAACUUGGUUAAGAGCUCAAGUCUUAGAAACAAAACCUAAAAAGGGUGGAGCUGGAUCUAUUUUAUUAAUAACAGGUCCUCCUGGCUGUGGAAAGACAACUACGCUAAGAAUACUAUCAAAGGAACUUGGCAUUCAAGUACAAGAGUGGGUUAAUCCGGUUUUACCAGACUUUCAAAAAGAUGAUUUUAAGGAGGUGCUUCAUUCUGAAUCAAGCCUCCGUCUAUUUCCCUAUGAGUCUCAGAUGUCAACUUUUAAAGAAUUUGUGUUAAGAGCAACUAAGUAUAAUAAGCUACAAAUGCUUGGAGAUGAUAUGAGAACGGACAAGAAGAUAAUUCUUGUUGAAGAUCUACCUAAUCAGUUUUAUCGAGAUUCUCAGAUUUUACAUGAAAUUUUAAGGAAAUAUAUCCAGAUUGGCCGAUGUCCUCUUAUAUUUAUAAUCUCUGACAGUGUGAGCGGAGAUAAUAAUCAAAGACUUCUGUUUCCCAAAGAAAUUCAAGAUGAAUGUUCUAUAGCAAAUAUCAGUUUCAAUCCUGUUGCACCAACAAUUUUGAUGAAAUUUCUUAAUCGAAUAGUCACAGUAGAAGUUAAUAAGUGUGGAAGAAAAAAUACUGCUCCUGAUAAAGCUUCUCUCGAGUUGCUGUGUCAGGGAUGUUCCGGUGAUAUCAGAAGUGCAAUAAAUAGCCUCCAGUUUUCUUUUUCAAAAGGAGAGAACAAGAUUUGGCCAAGGAAAAAAGGGCUGUCUUCGUUAAAAUCUGAUGCUGCACUGUCCAAAUCAAAACAAAGAAAAAAGCCCAACAAGGUUUUUGAAAAUCAAGAAAUCCAGGCUAUUGGUGGCAAAGACGUUUCUCUCUUUCUCUUCAGAGCUCUGGGGAAAAUACUAUAUUGUAAAAGGACACCCAUAACAGAAUUAGACUCACCUCGACUGCCUUCUCAUUUGUCAGAGCAUGAACGGGAUACAUUAGUUAUUCAACCUGAGGAGGUAGUAGAAAUGUCUCACAUGCCGGGAGAGUUGUUUAAUUUAUAUCUUCAUCAAAACUACGUAGAUUUCUUUGUGGAAAUAGAUGACCUUGUGAGAGCCACUGAAUUUCUGAGUUUUGCAGAUAUCCUCAGUGGUGACUGGAAUGCACGCUUUUUACUCAGGGAGUAUAGUACAUCGAUAUCUACAAGAGGUGUGAUACAUUCCAACAAAGCCCGAGGAUUUGCUCACUGCCAAAGAGCAGGAGCAAGUUUUCGACCCUUGCACAAACCUCAGUGGUUUCUAAUAAAUAAAAAGUAUCGAGAGAAUUGCCUAGCAGCAAGAGAACUUUUUUCUGACUUCUGCUUACCAGGUUUAUGCCUCCAAACUCAGCUCUUGCCUUACCUUGCUUUACUGACUGUUCCAAUGAGAAAUCAAGCACAGAUUUCUUUUAUUCAAGAUAUUGGAAGGCUUCCUCUAAAACGACACUUUGGAAGAUUGAAAAUGGAAGCCCUGACUGACAGAGAGCAUGGAAUGAUAGACCCUGACAGUGAAGAUGAAGCCCACCUUAAUGAAGGGCAACCUGCAGAGGAAGCUCUCGGUGGACCUGCUCAGACUGCUCAGCCGGAAGGCUGUUCUCUUCCUUUGAGUCAGAGCAGUGGGAGUGAACUGCCUGCCAGCCAGCCUCAGCCCUUCGCAGCCCAAGGGGACAUGGAAGAUGAUGAUGACAUUGUCAUAGAAGACUAUGAAAGUGAUGAAAUGUAGAAACUAGAUGGUCAGGCUAACUGCUGCUCGGCAGAUUCAUCUUCCUUUAAUGUUUUCAGUGG